GUCCUAGCCCGAGGGGCUGGGCUUCUCGUCGCGCUAUAAACGCAUUUGUCGAGAACGCGCACUGACCACAGCGCCACGGCCAGCGACUAAGUGAACCAGAUCGUUUUAGGGCAACAUAAAUUCAAAAUGAUCAUUGAAAUCGAAAAUAAGGACGCAUUUGAUCAGGCCUUGAAGGAUGCAGGUGAUAAGCUGGUUGUGGUGGACUUCACCGCAACAUGGUGUGGGCCCUGUCAGAGCAUUGCCCCUCAGUUUAAAAAAUUCUCAGAGGAUCCAGAGAACAAGAAUGUUGUGUUUCUGAAGGUGGAUGUGGAUGACGCUCAGGAUGUUGCCACCUUCUGUGAUAUAAAGUGCAUGCCAACAUUCCACUUCUACAAAAAUGGAAAAAAGAUUGAUGAGUUCUCUGGAUGCAACCCAACAAAACUGGAGGAGAAACUGAAUGCUCUUAAAUGAGUCUUCCCUUUGCUGUUGAAUGAAAUUCCACUGUGUACAAUAACACUUGUGUUCACUUUGAACAUUGACAUUCCCAUUUGUUUUUAAAGUUAUUGGCAUGAUGCAUGAUAAGCUGGCAUUACUUAAAUGUUAACUUCGUGUUUUUUUUGUCUUAAUCGAACCUUCUAUACUUGAACCUUGUGAUAUUUAAUCAGGUUGGCUCAAUAAAUUUAGAUAUGCCUAACCUCA